CUGACGUCACGGAGUCGUCUUCGAAACGGAGAUAAAAAUGUCGGCAUAUUUGUUCUGCGGUUGAUGUAAAGGUUUUUCUUAUUAUUUUGUUUUCCUUUUUAGAAAAUUAUACAUUAAAAAGUCGACUUAUCGUCUCAAAUAAUUAGCGCUUAGUUACUAAAGAUCUAUUAUAAAUAAUGGAUCGUACACCAGAUGAAGAAAGCAUUUGUAGAGAGAGAAGAUCUCAUUUGCCGUCAUUAUCUAAAUUGGAUUUUAGUAGCGAUGAUGACAUAAAUACAUCAUGUCUUCCUAAGCGAAAUAGUUUAUUGGCUGGAACAGAUGAAACAUCUGAUGAUACAACAGAUUUUGAAGGAGAUGUAGAUGAUGUAGAUAUAUCUUUUCCAUCGAGAGCUGCAGAACAGGCAGAACAUCUUGUCCGAAGAGUGUUAGAAGAAGCAGAACAAGCUGAACAGCUAGUUUGGAAAGUUUGGGAAGAAGCAUGGAAAGUUUGCCAUUUUAGUUCACUACCAAGAUGGCUACAAGAUAACGAUUUCCUCCACAGGGGUCAUAGACCACCUCUUCCUUCGUUCAGCGCUUGCUUCCGUUCAAUCUUUAGGAUACACACUGAGACAGGAAACAUAUGGACACACCUUUUAGGUUGUAUUGCCUUCAUUGGUGUUGCUAUUUAUUUCCUUUCCCAUCCAUCCAAUGAAAUUGGUUGGCAAGGAAAAAUGGUUUUUGCUACAUUUUUUAUUAGUGCUAUUGUUUGUUUGGGAAUGUCAUUUACUUUUCAUACUGUUAAUUGCCAUUCAGAAAAAAUGGGAAAAUUAUUCAGCAAAUUGGAUUAUUGUGGAAUAGCUGUUCUAAUUAUAGGAUCAUUUGUCCCUUGGCUAUAUUAUGGAUUCUAUUGCCAAUAUCAGCUUAAGGUGUUUUAUUUCUGUCUAGUAUUUGUUCUCGGAACUUCUGCAAUUAUAGUCUCUCUCUGGGAUAAAUUCAGCGAACCACGCUUCAGAUGGUUACGGGCUGGUGUAUUUAUGGGCUUCGGUCUGAGCGGAGCAAUACCGUCCGUGCAUUAUCUAAUUGUGAACGGCUGGUUCGAAGCAGUCUACAGCGCUUCAUUUGGAUGGUUAUGUUUAAUGGGAUCACUUUACAUCUUGGGUGCUUUAUUAUAUGCACUUAGAUUACCAGAACGCUUCUUCCCUGGAAAAUGUGAUAUUUGGUUUCACAGUCAUCAGAUUUUUCACGUCCUGGUGAUCGCCGCAGCAUUUGUACACUAUCAUGGCAUAUCUGAAAUGGCAAUGUUCCGGCUGACCGUGGGAGACUGCAGCGCCAACACACUCGACCAGACCGUUGUGGACUGAAAUUCAGAAACCAAGAUUACUUGUCGUCUUUCCACUAACAAGUAUCAUACUUCAAAUAUAUUCUAGUUGAAUAUAUAAAAUUCCAGUUUGGGUGUGGCAAAGGAAUAACUCAAAUUGAACACGAGGAACCGACUUUACUCCAGUUUCUUUACUUUCUAAAAUUCUAUUUAGAAGCAUACGUGGACCAGAAGUGCCUUUGUGACAUCUUUGUGCUAAACAUAUACAAUAUUUAUUACUAGCGAUCUGCUUGUCGGAUGAUUUAUAAAAAAUGGAAAAAGGUUAUCGUAAUUUAUAAAUAUAGAUUUGGAAUGGAUGUAUUUGUCAAUAAAACAUACCAUGUUAA